AAUAAAGAAAGUCGGGGUAAGAUGAAAUUUUUAGGAGGCUGGGGCUCCAAGCCCAUUGUUUCACAUGUUGUCGAAGGGGCUAACCCCGACACAGGAGAACUGCCAACUGCGGUGGAAACUUUUCAAAAGUUUCACCAUAAAGGCAACGAUUGGCGCAACGAGUUCGCGCAACAAGCUUACGAGCAAAUGGUUGAAAUAGCGGCAACUCAACCAGCGCCCACUGCAGAUGAGCCCGAAGAGCCUGCUGUCGAUCCUACACAGUACCCCCGAGACUUACCUGUUAUGACGCAAGUACUCGGGGAACGAUCUCGGCAUCUUAGAGGCUUUGGUCAUCUCCCCAGACUGAAGGGAGUUGGGGCCAAAGAGCACUUGCCACGCAUCCUUCAGCCUAACCGACUGUUACAAUUGAACAGUACUAGGCUUUACAAAAAGUGGAGGAAGCGGAGCGGACAACUCAACAUACGAGGCAAAGAAGAUGAGACACAACAACUCUACCUCAGACGAUUCCAAGAUCAGUUUGAGUAUCUUUCUCGAGCUGUGCCGGGUUUCAACUUGCCUCCCAUGGAUCUUCCACCAUUGCCCACUCCUGGUGCUGGAUCAUCGGCUGCUGCUGGUGCUGGAUCGUCAUCGCAGCCUCCCGAGACUCAGAGAAACAACGAUGACGACAUUACCCGCCUAUAG